GCUUCUGUUUUCUUCAGGCCUGGAUUGAACUUCUUCAGCUUCCGUAGGCGGCGGGUCCUAAGUGCCGGGCAAAAUGGAAGUGAAUCCCCCCAAACAGGAGCACCUGCUGGCCCUGAAAGGUCCUGCUCUCUCUGGUUUUGCAAGACAGUCUUGUAAUUAUAAGUUGCAUUCUAGCUCCUAGGAGCUCAGCUAAGACAUUUCCUCUUCAUUACAAAUAACUGAAUUACUGCAGAAUGACUACAGAAGUAAUAGUACACUAUCGACCGUAUGAGAGCGAUCCCAUACAACUGUCCACAAUUGCAGAGAAAAUAAUUCAAGACUUCCCUGUACGUCCACUAUCAAGAUUUAUUCCUUGGUUUCCACAUGAGGGGUCCAAACUUCCACUUAAACCUAAAAGAUUACCACCUAUGAUUUCACCAGCUGAAGAUAUAAAACCAUACUUACCCAGUUCAGAACAAGUUGUUAAAUCACAUAGUUAUGAUUGCACUGUAGACUUACUGGAGUUUCAACCUAAUUUGAAAAAAAGGAAGCACUUAGUCCGGUCACACACAUUAAAUGAACAGACUGCUUCAGGAAAUCUGGAUAAGCAUUCAGAAAAAGAGAAAUGCCACAAGAAGAGAUCUUGGAGUGUUUCACGUCCCAGAAGUAAUUCUACUGAAAUUAUUUUUCCUUUGUCUAAAAAGUUGCGAGACAGCUUAAGGAAAUUAAAUGUGCAUUCGCUGCAUAGAGCAAGAUGGACAAUCGAGCACACUGUAUGUAACAACCAGACUCUGGAAGACAUCUGGGCAAAACUAAGUAGAAUUAUCAGGCAUAAUGAACUUCCAUCUUGUAAUGCUACAAUUCAGAGACAUGUAGGCCAAAUAUGGGUAUUCUGUGAUAUUAUGUACUGUGAACAUGUGGGGAAUCUUCUUAAAGAAAGGUUAACUCUUACUGGAAAAAUUAAUUUAUUUGUGCAUAAGUAUGGCAUUGUUUUUAGUAUGUAAUGAAUUCUUGUCAAGAAGAUGAUUCUGAAUGAACUGAAUAUGAACUGAAAUAAUAAGAUACCGGUUUAUAUAUUUUAAUGACUUAGUAAAUGUGCACCUUCACUCUUACAGUGAAGCCUACUACUCAUUCUUAACGUUGUGAAAAACAAUUUUAUGGUAAUAUGUGUACAGUUUAUAUUACAGAAGGUAAAUAACAGGUCAAUUCCAAUGUUUGUCAGCUAAGCUGACUUUAUGCAUUCUGUUUUUUUUUUUCCUAAGUGAGCUUCUUUAAAAUGAAUUGUAAUAAAUUACUACUGAUAUUGAAUGUAGAGAUAAAAUGUUCUGUUCUGUAAAAUUUUCCAAUGGUUGUAUUAGACAUUUCUGUGAAUUGUAAUGAUGAGUUUGGACUUUAGUAAAUCCUCACAAUAUAAUUUUAUUAUAUAUUUUUCUUUAUGCACUGGAAGUGUAAUGAUCUUAAAGUGGGGGAGCUGAGGGGGUUGGAGGGGAGAUAACACCUGAAAAGGCACCUUCUUUGCCACUUACAAGAUCAUCCAGGAUUGAACCCAGCCCCCAGCACACUGGAGGAAGCUUCUACAGUGUAUGGAACUCUCUUUCCCUAUCUGAAAAAGUCAGCUAGAGGAGUGAAGCCUUGGCAAUAGCAAUAAAUAAAUAAAUCACAGAGUAUGAAGUCCAAAUUGGGCGAACAACUCAGACUCUGCUGUUUCCAAAGACUUGUAAUAGACAGUAAUGUAUGUAGUGUUUAGAAACACGGGUACAAAAAAAAAAUUGCAUCAGACUUAUCUUUAAGGAAGGGUCAGAUAUGAAUAAGUGAUCCAAGUUCUGGGAUUAAGACAUAGCUCACCAGGAAGGGCACAUGUCUUAACACACCUCGACCAGUUUUGAUCCCUGUUUCCAUGUGAUAGGCACUAUGGCACCUGGGAAGCUCUAGUCUGUAGUGUCUCUUCCUCUCUGCCCGUUUGUCUCGGUGAAAAAAUGAAUCCAGAGUGAAUUUGCACAUGUGCAGGACCCCAGCUACAUUAAAAGGGAACAGGAAAAUAGUUCAACUAUUUGACAUGGGACUUGAGUGACUGAAGCUUCCAUUUGAUCCCUAGCCCUGCCUGUACCAGAAUGGUGCUCUGGCUUCUUCAUGUGAAUCUACCUCAGAAGAAAUAUGUUUAAAAAUAAAUCUUUUUUAAAAAGAG